AUGAAGCCAAUCGACCACGCUCUCAAGUUUACAUGCAAAACAAUCGCAGAAGAGAUAAUGGGCCUCGAUUUCCAAGUGAAUCCUAUCAAUUUUUCUACUGGCUACUCCGACCAAUGGCGCGUCAAUGCGGCUCGGUUCCACAAUAUGCAGGCUUAUUUCACCUAUGCGGCGGUCAGUAUGCUACAAGGGCCCCGACCAACUCCGGAAAAUGAUGAUGGCGAUGGCAAUGCGGACCAAAAAGAUCCAAGGGAGAGUCAAGAUGAGAACGUGAUUGGCGAAAUAGUCAGCGAUGAUACCCAGGACCACGACCAGGAUCCUUAUCCAGAACAAGCACAGGAACAAGACGAAGAAGAUGACCAAGAUGAAGAUGAAGAUGAUGAUGAAGAUCAGGGCGAAGACCAGGAUGAGGAGAACCCAAGCGAGCAAGUCCUCCUCCCUCCUUGCUGUACAGAUGCCAUAGUGGAAGAAGUAGCACAACGAUAUCCCGACUUUAAGCCCAUCCUCGAAAUGAUCAUGUCGGGCAGAGAUAUCACUACCCAAGGUCAACACUUUGGCUUAGUGCCAACAUUUAAACGGCAAGCAGUUUUAUAUACGCUAGAGCUCGCAUUGCAGCACGGGUCGAUUCCAGAAGACUGGUAUGACCAUAUGUUUCAUCGCCCCAGGCAAUUAUUCGCCCUACAGAAACGUUUCCCUCCUUGGCUCUGUUGUCUAACCGAAUAUGAAUUUUUCGAUGUGAUACGCCAGUCUGUCACUACUUGCUUUACUAAGAGGCAAUAUGAGGAUUACUGGGACAAGCCUCAUUUAAGCGGGUUCGGACGUCGCGAAUAUACGCAGGGCAAAUAUCGCUUCUCCGCAGCGGCGCUGGCUAUAAGAUUUCUUUCCAGGCUCUCUGUGGAUUUGCGAAUGCAUUUGCGGAAGAUUCGCUUGCAUGAAGAUUCGGUGAGCGUAGCUUAUCCGGAAACACAUGCUCAGGGGCUUAUCAGAUUUUGCAUCGAAAACCCAAAACUUCGUAUAGAACGUCGUCUUGAUUUGUGGAGGAAUGUUUUCCAAUCUUUGCCAUGUACAGAUGAAGUGGAGUCCUUUGACUUCACAUUGGAGAAGAGCUGGAUAACUGACACCACCAAUAGCGGCAGAGGCCCCGGAUUGUGGUCUCUGACGCUUACAGACAAAGUUGCUCUCUGGAUAAUGGAAGCCUUGGCCCUUGUCCCACUCGGCAUGCCCAAAGAAUCUUUCACAUUGGUCUUGGAUGGAGGAGAGGCACCCGAACAAUGUUCAGAGAUUUUUCAGCAAAUUGUCCAACGUGAUGCUACAUGGCAAGCCGCAUGGGAAAUGGUGGCAGCCAAUGAGUUUGCCGAGGAAUCUUUCUCAAACAAGAGGAUUCAUCACUGCUACACGAUGGACGGCUUUCCCGAAGCGAUGCGAGACAUGGAGAACGACCUCCACGGGUUCAUCCAAUGUACAUUUGACCUGCGUCCAAAUGUUUGGGAUGUUGACAAAGAGACUGAAAAGUUCCGUCUUCUAACACUGCAACAAUCUCAUGCGAUGCCUGUGGAUCACCAAAUGUUUUUCCAGCCGCCGGAACCGCUACCGAGUUGGCGAGAUCUUCUUGCUGAGAAUAUACUGCCAGAAUUCUUUGGUGAACAAGCAAUCGUCGAAGGCGAGGUUGAUUACGACCGAUACUUGGAGGGCAGCGACGAUGAGGAGUCAGAAAACCACGAGCUAGGGCCUAAUGCAAGCGACGAAAAUUAUGCGAAGAUCCUGAAACAGAGAGACGAUCUGUUGAUGGAACGGUUAGCCCAAGGCUUUAUGUUUUUCAACCUCCCCGACCCCAGUUCCGACUCUGAUGACGACGACGACGACGACGACGACGACGACUAA